GAAAUGCUUUUUGAGACUAGCAUCAAUUCCCAAGGGUGGAAUUCUUAUUUCAACCUUUAAGAAUUGCUAUUGCCUUUCUCUUCCUUGCCGUCUCGCGAUAUCUUCUUCGUCGCCUUCUUCUUUCCGAUCAGACACGCCUCAUCCAUCUUUUGUAGCUUCGUUGCAACACUCCAGUAAUGCAGAUCUUUGUGAAAACCCUAACCGGAAAGACAAUUACUCUCGAAGUCGAGAGUAGUGACACCAUCGACAAUGUCAAGGCCAAGAUUCAGGACAAAGAAGGCAUCCCUCCGGAUCAGCAAAGACUGAUUUUUGCAGGAAAGCAGUUGGAAGAUGGAAGGACUCUGGCCGAUUACAACAUUCAAAAGGAAUCAACCCUUCACCUGGUUUUGAGACUCAGGGGAGGAACCAUGAUUAAGGUUAAGACUCUCACCGGAAAGGAGAUUGAGAUUGAUAUUGAACCUACUGACACCAUUGAUCGGAUCAAGGAGCGAGUUGAAGAAAAAGAGGGAAUUCCUCCUGUGCAACAAAGGCUUAUUUAUGCUGGGAAGCAGCUUUCAGAUGAUAAAACAGCUAAAGAGUACAACAUUGAGGGUGGUUCUGUUCUUCACCUUGUCCUAGCGCUGAGGGGCGGGUUUCUUUUUCUUUAGACGUUCCCCUGUUGUUGGGAUGAAAGGAUUUGCAUUUAAGAAGAAUGGAGUUUGAUGUUACUCCAUAUGAUACUUUUUGGGUGGAUGCUUGUGCAUGUGUACGCUCACAUCCAUUUAGGCAUUACCCAUUGCCUCUUAAUAUCCAUCGUGGCUUGACCAUAAU